ACUGAUGCCAUUCGAUUCGGGGUUUGAUGCGGAGAUGUAGUCCUCGGUGAUCAGCUAAUAGCUCCCAGUCCUACGAGCUACUUUAACGGAAAACUUUUAAGCCUUGCUGCUGUCUAGCCUCUCUGUUGACUUAUUGUUUUAGGAAACCAGACGUUUUCCAUCGCUUCCUAUCUAAUUUCCCCUAUAAAACCAGGCCAGGCUAAACCUGUCGCGCUGUAUAUCCCGCACCUCUUUGCUUUUGGUGGAUUCUUUUUUCUCCCUUUCCGAAGACAAAAUUCUGGUGUUUAAGGGAACAUUGAGGACAGAGGGACUCACUUUGUAGGACUUUUUUUUUUCUUCUCGAGAAGAUGAGGAAUAACCUGUGAAGCGGCUGAAACUAAUCUCUGCAACUACCAGACCCUGCAUUGAUGAGCCCUGGUUGCGGAGCCAGGCUGCUCGGUCACUGGGCUGAGGGGCAGACUUUUGUGGGGAAGUCGUGUGAAACACAAAGAGCUUAUUAAUGCCAAGCAGUCAAGUUGUUCACCGUGUGCUGACAGGGGGACUGAGGUAAGAGUACAGUUACAACGCUGGGACCUUCACUGCGACACAAAGUUUGUCAACUUUUCAGCGUGUAGCUGUUAAUAAAGUAACUGCACCUGGAGAAGCCUUUAACAGCCUCGUUUGGCCCAGGGUUGAUUCUUUUUAGCUGCAGUGUUUUGAGCACCGUCUGAGGAUUUCUCUCAUCAGGAGUCAGCUUUAAAUGCAGACUGGUUUGCGGUCAGUGGGUGCACAGCCGAUCUGCCAGUGCCGCUGGGGUUUUAAUCCACGUCCAUUCAUUUUUUACCACCUGGCUUCAACACUAUGGAGGUGAUAAUAAGGAGCAUGCUGCUGCUGCUGCUGGGGUGCAUCGCAUUCUUGGACCUCGCUCGUCUGAUUGAUGCAGAAGAAGAGGUCCUGAUGAACACUAAGAGUGAGACGUCAGAUCUCAAAUGGACCAUCUUCUCCCAAGACAAAUCCGAGUCUCAGUGGGAGGAAGUGAGCGGUUUGGAUGAGGAAAACAACAGCGUGAGGACCUUUCAGAUCUGCCAGAUGGAAAGCUCGUCCAGCCAGUGGCUGCGCAGCGGCUUCAUCCAGAGACGAAGCGCCUCUCAGGUUUACGUGGAGCUGCGUUUCACCAUGAUGGAGUGUUCGUCCAGGAGCACACACCACCGCAGCUGUAAAGAGACUUUUAACCUCUACUACUACCAGGCAGACUCCAACGAGGCCACGGCCACCUACCCGCCCUGGAUGGAGAACCCUUACACCAAGGUGGACACCGUGGCUGCAGACUUUCUCCUGAGGAAGGGUGGGGAGCGGAAAUUUAAUGUGAAGACCCUAAGGCUGGGCCCUCUAACCAAGAGAGGCUUCUACUUGGCCUUUCAGUCUCAGGGCGCUUGCAUGGCCCUGCUGUCCGUCAGGGUGUUCUUUAAAAAGUGUCCUCCGCUCAUCAGCACGCUCUCCUCUUUCCCUGAGACAGUCCCCCGUUAUUUAGUGCAGGAGGCUCAGGGUUCGUGUGUGGAGCACGCCGCCCUGCAGGGGCCCCGGCCUCGACCCCCUAAGCUCUUCUGUGGUGAAGACGGCCAGUGGGUAGGGCAGCCGACAACCUCCUGUGCUUGUCUACCUGGAUAUGAACCUGUGGAGAUGCAGACCCGCUGUGCAGCCUGUCCUGUGGGUCAGUUCAAGUCGGGCACAGAGGGGCGCUGCAGAGAAUGUCCAGAAUACAGCCAGGCCUACAGCAGAGGGGCGGCGGCGUGUGCGUGUCGCUCCGGGUACCUACGUGCAGACGCCGACCCUGCAGAAAGCUCUUGCUCCAAACCUCCCUCGGCUCCCCGUAGUGUCAUCCCCCAUAUCAAUGACACCACACUAAUGCUGGAGUGGAAUGAGCCUCUGGACAGAGGCCACAGAGAAGACCUCAGCUACUCCAUCAAGUGCUUUGUAUGCAGGUCACCCAAGGAAACGUGUCUCCCCUGCGGAGACAGCGUCACCUACCGUCCGGCGCAGGAAGGCCUGCAGGGUCGCAGGGUGGAGGUGUGGGGCCUCUUGCCUCACACCACCUACACCUUCACCGUCCAGGCGCUCAACGGUGUGUCACCACUUAGCACCAAGGAGCCGGCUGGCGAAAGCAUCAAUAUCACCACCAGCCAUGAAGUACCAUCGCUAGUUUCUGCGAUUCGGAAGAGUGACUCCACUGAGAGCAGCCUGACUCUGCAGUGGUCGGUCCCAGAUCAGCCACACUACAACGUGCUGAUGUAUCAGCUGCGCUACUGUGAGAAGGAGAGGCGCAGUGAAAAUCCAUGCUCGUACACAGAGACGAGCAGAAACCAGGCUGUGCUGACAGACCUCCGCAGAGCCACUCAGUAUGAAGUGCAGGUUCGGGCGCGCACCCAGGCUGGUUAUGGCAGCUUCAGUCGUGCAGUCAUCUUCCGCACCCUGCCCGAUGGAUAUGACUCUGCCUCCCAGUUCUUGGUGCCUGGCAUCCUUAUUGCUGUCGGGAUAGUGCUGCUUGUCAGUUUUGUCGUCUUAGCCGUCUUCUGCCUACGCCGACACUGCCGAGUUAAAGAUCCUGAGCUAAGUGACAAAAACAGCCAGUACCUCAUUAGCCAAGGGGUCAAGGUUUACAUCGACCCUUUCACCUAUGAGGACCCUAAUGAGGCGGUGCGAGAAUUUGCCAAGGAAAUAGAUGUUUCCUUUGUCAAGAUAGAGGAGGUUAUCGGUGCCGGCGAGUUUGGAGAGGUGUGUCGAGGACGGCUGAAAAUCCCAGGGAAAAAAGAAAACUAUGUGGCUAUAAAGACCCUGAAAGGAGGCUACACCGAUAAGCAGAGGAGGGACUUCCUGUCUGAGGCCUCCAUCAUGGGUCAGUUCCAGCAUCCCAAUAUCAUCCACCUUGAGGGCAUCAUAACAGCCAGCUGUCCAGUCAUGAUCCUCACAGAGUUCAUGGAGAACGGAGCGCUAGACUCCUUCCUGCGGCUGAACGACAGCCAGUUCACUCCUAUCCAGCUGGUGGGGAUGCUGCGCGGCAUCGCCUCCGGCAUGAAGUACCUGGCAGAGAUGAGCUACGUCCACAGAGACCUGGCUGCCCGCAACAUCCUGAUCAACAGCAACCUGGUGUGCAAGGUGUCUGACUUUGGCUUGUCACGCUUCCUACAGGAGAACUCCUCCGACCCGACUUACACGAGCUCUCUGGGAGGCAAGAUCCCUAUCCGCUGGACAGCACCUGAGGCAAUAGCCUUCAGAAAGUUUACCUCCGCCUCCGACGUGUGGAGCUACGGCAUUGUUAUGUGGGAGGUCAUGUCUUUUGGCGAGAGACCCUACUGGGACAUGAGCAACCAGGAUGUAAUCAACGCCAUAGAGCAGGACUACCGGCUGCCCCCGCCGCCCGACUGCCCCACCCACCUGCACCAGCUGAUGCUGGACUGCUGGCAGAAGGACCGGUCGGCGCGUCCUCGUUUCGCGGACCUCGUCAGUGCUCUGGAUAAACUCAUCCGCAACCCUGCCUCGCUGAAAAUAGUUGCUCAAGAAGCAGGCGGGCCGUCCUACCCCCUGCUGGACCAGCGUGCACCUAUAGCCCUCUCGCCGUGCUCUUCAGUCGGAGAUUGGCUGAGGGCCAUCAAGAUGGAGCGCUACGAGGACAGCUUCCUGCAGGCGGGCUUCAACUCUGUAGAUCAGCUGGCUUCAAUCACUGCACAGGAUCUGUUGCACAUGGGAGUGACAUUAGCUGGACAUCAGAGGAAAAUCCUCUCCAGCAUUCAGACAAUGACCUUGCAAAACAAGAGCACAGCAACUGUGACAUUCUAGCUGCUCUACCCUUCUUCAUCUUGGACAUAAAGACAGCACACAGGUGUCCCGCCGUGUUCUAGAGCACUCUGGAUCCUUUUGUGUGACCCACUUUGAACACGGACUCUGAGGAAGGAGGGAGAUUGAAUUCACGACCAGGGAAAAGAACAAAAAAAGAGAGGGGGAAAAAAACAGCAGAUAAGGAUGACUGCUGAGACUUGAACCAGUCACCUGGAGAAACCAGGUGGUAAAGUCAUCCAGACUUUCUGUCGAUUUUUUAAAGUUUGCAGUCACUAUUUUUGCAUUUAGCAAGUGUAGAACCCAGUACAUCUGCCAAACCAUGAUUAGCGACAAACCAGUGUUUACAUAGUUUCUAAAGUUUCAUUCUCAAAGCAUCGUUUACUUAUAUGUUGUCCAUAAAAAAUGUCACUUUGACUUUUAACCAAAGGAGACAGAAAAUAAAUGCUAAUCUAAGACUUAUCUUUGUUUUCCGGUUUUACUAUAAUUGGGAAUGAGAACUGUUUUGAUUCUGGCUGUCUUUUACUAAUCCUUCUGGAUCACCUUCCAUGUCAGCAGUGCACAUUUGAACUACGGGACUAGUUUGCUUCCAUUAUAUUUCAAGAUGACCUCGUCCUUACUCAGGUGUGAUGUGUAAUACAGACUUCGAGGGACGCAGUAGAUGCCCGUAAUCAGACGCCUCAUCCUCCUCUGUCUGGCUUCCCCUUCGCCAGCUAAAAAAAUACAAGAGGAAAAAUGAGGCACAGAGGAGACAUUUCAGCACUUUUGUCAUUUCAGAGUGAUUUGUAAUCUUGUGUGAUUUGAUGCGUUUCUCCUGGGCUGUGUUUCUGUUGGAUGUUUUCUGCUGGCAGCUCAUUUUUGUUCUAAUCAGCCAGAACAAGGACCAGGUGGACUCAGAGACCAGAGAACACUGUAGAAUUGGUUGUUCAUGUUAUUUGGCCUCAAAACAGGUUUUUAAUCGAUAUUAGUGAUAAUGUACAUUUUUAAUACUCUUAUUCUGUAUUCUCCAUCUUCCAGUGCCAUUUAUAUGUCUGUAUGUGGUCUUAAAUGACUGUUUUAUAAAGCAAAUAUCUUUCCUGUGGGA